GAAGGCUACUAUUUCUUGAAUCCGUAAACCUUAGGAUAGGAGAUGUUCUAUUUUGAAAAUAUCUUGUCGUACAGAUUUCUACAGACCUCCUACAAUUAAACAGAUUACCAAAUUAUCUCCUGAUAAUGGGUGUAAUGAAUGAAAUUCCAGAACAAUUAGGACUAAAAGAAAAAGAGACCAUAACUUGGGGAAAAGAUUUAAAAAGAUGAACAGCUUUCAUUGAGUUAACAAUUUUCUACAAUUCCAAAACGGACAACUAGUCUGCUUUUAAGACUACGACAAAUUUUUGCAUUUUGUUAAAGAUGAAGAACAAUUAUCAUAUGCUGGUUUGCUUUGUGGUAGAUAUUUGUGCUGAGGUAUUACGGAAAUAUUUUGUCAAACUAGCAAAAGCUGAUGCAGGGAACACUUAUACAUCACUUGAUGCAUACCUGUCUCAUAGAAGGCGGGAUGUGAUGCAAUUAUUCAAUAACAAAAGGCUCAGGAGAGAUCAGUAUGAUUUAUUGUAUCCUGGUAACGGCACCGCUGAUGAAAGCAAAUGGGACAUCUCAAUACUGGUAACAUUGAUAACAGAACUUUUUGCGCCACGCCUGCAGCCACUCGAAAAUUUCGCGUUGAAAACUGAAAUUUUAGGGAUUCGGAAGGAGUUGCGGAAUCAGCCAAAUACUGGCAAUAUUUCAGAUGAUGACUUCGAGUAUUAUUGGGGACGAUUGGACGUUUCUAUUAGGCUUAUAGCAAAGAAUGCGCUUGAUCCAAAUGAUGCAGCAUCCCUACAAGGGAAAAUAAAUCGGGUAAAAUGUAGUCAUCUACCAAAUCUCGGUGAUUGUUUACGAAUUUGGCAUGAUGAAACCCCUAAGCAGUUGUUGAACAUGAUGAAUGAAGUGCAGGCAAAUGCUGAAGAAAAAACUUCCAUUCUCAGAGAAGUGACGGUCCAGAAACCAGGACCUUCAGGGGACAAAAAUAAAAGAAUCAAAGUUGCUGAUGAUAUUCUGGCAAGGCUUCAAGCGGGGUUUGAGUCAACGAUGAAAGAACUAUCAGACCCACCAAAUGAAAUACCAGAUAUUCGAUCUAAACUAAAAGAUUGCCAUCAUGUGGUUGUCACCGGACGCAACAAUAGCCGUUACUUUGAGACCGCUCUUGCAGCAAUAAAGGGGAUGGACUAUAAUUACAAACGAUGUGUAGAAAUGCACACGUCGUCUGAUUGGCGUCACAUUGAUCCUAAAGAUGUAGACUUGGUUUUAUGUAGAGAUCCAUUUGGAGGAUUUUCUUACGAUGAAAGCAAAGCUAAAGCCAUGGAUGAUAUAUUUAAAAGCAUGAUGCAUUCAACAAAGAGAAAUAAUGGCGAUAAAGCCUUGGAUAUUGUCAUAGUAACAGACCUGAAUAUAUUGGAAGAGUGCAAAAUGCAUCAUGACCAUGAAAUAUUAGAAGAAGUGGUGAAGGUGUUUAAUGAUACAAGUACAAGUUUAGCACAACCGGCUGGUCUUUCAAGAGAAUAUGGAGGUCAAAAUCAAUACGUACAACCGACUUUGGAGUUAGUAUCCAGAAAUUUGAUAGUGAUGACGGAGAAUUUUUUGAUGGAAUAUAAAAUAUCCAGCAAUCAAGUGGAUGACAGUGUUUUCAGGACAGCGAAAAAGAAGUUCAAACAACAUAAAGCUAUAGUCUUAACAGGACUUAAGCAAUGUGGUAAAACUUCUGUAGCUGUUGCGUUGGCAUCUGCUUAUGAAUCAUCCGCAUGUUUACUUCUCAGGAAACCUAACGAUGUCAAUUACAUUGACUUUCCAAACAUCAGCUUAGUUAUAAUUGAAGAUUUUGCUGGAAAAUAUCGUUACGAAGAGAAUGAUGUGUACGAAUGGUACAACAUGUUUGACCACCUGUACAAUGCCGUUAUAGCAGGACAGAUGAACGUGAUAAUAACGUGUGAAAAGGGUAAACUAGAAAAAUGUAUCAACGAAAUUGGACGGCAUGCAAUUAUUGAUCACGUAGUGGAUAUACCUUUACAAACAGCUAUCAUAAAAUCAGAGGUUACUGAACGACUAGAAUAUGAGCAUGUGUAUGGACCGAUGGACACUACCACUCAGUCUAAGGAUUGCCCACCACCAUUGUCAGUGGUUCCUUCUCACGUGCCAAUCUUGCUGUCAAGUCAUGACACGAUUCCGGUUUCAACAGGGAAUACUUCACUUCAAGGCACAGCAGGAACUGAAGAUAAUACAAUACCAGAUGAGAUUGCAAGCGAUCCGAGAACAAGAGAACUCUAUGAAAAGGCACUACAGAAAGGCACAGAAAAAGACAACAUAAUUCGAGUAAUGGUUAUUGGUUGUUUUGGACAAGGCAAAACGUCAUUAGUAAGGAAAUUAUUGAAACAAUCAAUUGAAGGAGUUGAAACAACAAACGGCAUUGAUUUGCAUAGAUGUACAGUUAUCAACGAUGGUGACUGGAAAAUGUCAAACAAUAAAGAUCUCAAUAAAGAAACAGUUCAACGCUUGGUAAAUAUUGCACUUAAAGAAACAACGUACCAUACAACUUCUUAUGCUUCCCAUGGAGAAAACUGCCUUCCUUACAAACAUAAAUUAAUACCUAGUUCCGCAACGGAUAUCUCAAAAACAACGGAUGAAAGUUUAACAUAUCAAAUGAGUGGUAUCCAAAAAAAUGAUAAAUCUAAUGAGUACGAAGGCAAAGGAAGAGAAAACGUUAAAACAAACAGAUCUCAAAUUGCUGGCGCUGCUGAAACAUUAGCUAAGAAUAAAAAAGUCAAUUACGAAAACUUAAAUUCAUUCAAGACUGAAUUAGAAAUUGUCGAAACAAUUCAGGAGGAAAUAAAACUUGAAAACAAUGUCACACUAAAUAUUUGGGACUUCGGAGGAGAGUUUGUCUAUUAUGCAACUCAUCAAAUAUUUCAUUCAAAACAAGCUGUUUAUCUGCUUGUAUUUAAUCUAAGCAUAGCCCUGGACACAAUUAUCGAAGAUAAGGAGUUCCCAUUACAUCAAAAGAAAAUGAGGGAUUAUUUAAAAUUCUGGGUGACUUCUGUAAGCUCUUUUGUUGGGAGUAGGGAUGGAAUGGAACCCGCUAUUGUUUUAGUGGGAACCCACACGGACAAAUUGAAUGCGAGAAGCAAUAGUGAGGACUAUUUUGAGCAUGUAAGGAAAAUAUUUGACCACAGUGUAUGCCUUAAUCACAUUCAAUCGGAUCAAUUUCCAAUUUCAAACACAAAUGGGUCAGAAAGCGAAUUUGAUGCAUUACGAUCGUAUAUUACACGUUUAGGACAAAGACAAUUGGAAACAAGAAUUCCGGCUAAAUGGAUUCUCCUUGAGACGGCUCUUAAAAUGAACAAACAGAAAAAAAUAAUAACAAUAGAUAAACUUCUAGAAAUAGACAGUCAUACUGAUAGUCCGUUACAAACUGACAACUCAAAAGAAACCAUGGACCAGAUCAAACUGUUUCUGUCAUAUCAUCAUGCAAAGGGUACAUUCUGUUAUUUUGAUGAGGACAAUUUGUCAAACCAUGUUGUCUUAGAUCCACAAUUCCUUGUUGACGCUUUCAGGUGCGUAAUUACAUCAGAAAAGUUUUGCAAAGUGCGCCCAAAAAUGAGAAGCGUUUGGGAAGAAUUGUGUAACACCGCAAUUAUACGUGCAGAGCUUUUUGAAGAGGUUUGGAGACAAGAAAAAGAUAACAGUUUCUAUAAGUUUAAACAGCUAUUGAUAGAGUACAUGCAAAAACAUCAUAUUAUAGCGGAGGCCCUAGCUUAUGAGCUUGAGUCUGAGCCGGUCGUAAAAGGAUUAGGGUAUUUCAUUGUUCCAAGUUUACUCAAGAUUUCAGCCGAUGAUGACACUAUGAGGUCAUAUUUGGAAGGAAAACCAUUGUCAACCGUUUCUUUGUGCUACAAGUUUGAACAUGAAACGAUGGCGCCCUUUACUUAUCAGGCCUGUUUGGCCGGUAUUAUUGGACGAUGGCCACUUGCAAAGCUCGACAACACCUAUGUUUUGUUUGAUAACGUAACUGCAUGUGAAAUAGAGCGAGAACACGCUGGUGUAUUGAUGCUGACGGAAAAUAAACUCGAGCUUCUCGUUGUUAGUCUUUGUCCUCCCGACAAUGUCAAAGCUGAUGUCUGUGAUAUGUUUCGCCGAUAUGUAGAGGCAGUUAUGAUGAAAUGGAUGCGUAAAUUAAAUGCAAAUAAGCAUGAGGGACAGUUUUUCAGUCUUGCUGCGAGGUGUUUGCAUACAGAUCAUGGAACAGGGGGAAGUAGUGGAACAUUACCUAUUGACAAUAUACAAUCAUGUAAUUAUGAGAAAAUACGAUGUCCCGAUGGAAGAAGUCACUGCUUACAGGUACGCAGUAUUGUGAAGGAAUGGUUCAUGACGGAUUUUAAACAAGAUAAUGUUCCGAAGAGAAAGUUAUCAGAAAAAGAGUACAGCACUCUGGCAAUGGCAAUUGGAAACGGUUGGGAGCUGCUUGGAUUGCAACUUGGUCUUGAUAACAUAACUUUAGAUCAUAUUCGAAUGGAUAAAGAUAAUACUGCAGCGCGCAUAUAUGAAAUGUUUUUGAAAUGGGAUAUCAAGGAAGGAGACCAAGCUACCCUAGACGUUAUUGUACAAGCGAUAGAAAACUGCAACUUGGAAAAAGUACAUGUUAAUUUGGAUCUUUUAAAGAAUAUUAUCAGCGGGUUCUGAGCCUAUGAAUUCGUUAAGUGUGUCUUACAAACGAGAUAACGGUUCAGGUCGUCCAUAAAAAAAAACAAAGAAAUAAAAAAAAAA